AUGGAUAUUCUACUAGCCAAAGUCACCCAGCAGGCUAUGAACUAUGCCAUCCGUUCAGGAAUAGCUAUCACAAGCACAUAUGCCAUACGACAAUGUUCAAGACUGGUCAAGACAGCUCCGAGAGGAGGCAAGCGGGAAGAACUGCUAAACCUUCAAGUCCGCCUGGAAAGCAAGAUCCGGAUUAUCUCACCAGCCAUCGAUAUGAUAGAGUUGAUUGCCGCUCGUGGAAACACUUCUCUGGAAUCUGCUGUCACUCUGACCAAGGACUUGCGCUGGGAAAUUCAAGCUCUUGGCAUUCGUCUUGCGAAUGCUGCCAACGAAGAGGAGCUGUACCGUCGGAAGAGUUCGCGGGCAAAGUCCAAGGAGCAGAAUGAGCUUGAGUUGCAACUUAUCGUUUCGGACGUCAAGAAAUUACUUGAUCGAAUAGAAGAUGCUGUGCCUUUGAUCAACCUCGCCAUCACCACUUCUGGAGUCAAUCUGUCUACAAAUCUGCCUGCUACAGUCUCGCCAUCUCGCCUCUUGCAGGCCAGCACUUUCCUCACAGCGGCCGACUCGCAGUAUACUGCGGCUCCUAGUCAGAACGUCCAAGUUGGUCCAGUCUAUACCUUAUCAGUCUACAUGCUCUUCGCCAGUCAUACCAAUAGACCACAUGAUGAACAAAGCGCUCGAGAAACUACCUGGAAGGAAGUCAUCCACAAAGCCAGAGUCAAGCUGGUGCGAGUUCCACUGGACAGUCUGUACAAUCUGCCUGGAAACCUGACGACGCCGAGCGGCGCGCGUUACUUCCCCAAAGAGCUACCUUCUGAUAACGCGUCAGUCGAGUACGCCUACCAGCUAGUUGUGGUUGAAGAUCUGGACGACGACAGAGUACACACUUUUGAGGAAGACGAGCCCCAGCCUGGCCCAUUCGAGGAUGUCGCUCUUGCAGGUAUUCGAGACGUCAUUCCCAUUCAUGAGAUUUCCAAGAUAUUCUACGCGGAUACUGGCAAGAUUCUUAACAUUGGAUCCGAAGGCGAAACUAACAAUCCCAUCCUGCUCCUCAAACGCGACAUCCACGCUGAACCACCACGACGCAUGAUGGAGAGAAGAUACACUGAGGAGCAAGAUUACUAUGACGAUGACGAAGAAGACGAACGCCCGCAGACUCAAGAUAGCGACGACACGGACUUGGAUGAACAAGCGCAGAUCAAUGCCCAAAUUUUGCGAGACUCAACACCACAACCUCACGUUGAGACAAAAGAGACACCGGAACGACACGACCCUGAUGCUCACUGGCGACUACCUCCAGAUCUGGAUCCAGAAUGGAUAGCCUUCGAAGUCUACACCGAAGAACCUUCGUCCGACGAGGAAGAAGAAGACGAAGAUGUCUCGACUCCAGAUCCCAUCAGCACACCCCGACCUCGUCAAGCAUCACUAGACCCCGAUCUCACAAACGGCCUCUCCUCUCUAAACCUCCAUCCAUCCUCCUCACCAACUCUAAACACACCUUCAACCCAACAACUCGCCGCUCCAACCUCAACACCAACACCACAAACUACAAUUCGCACCUCUUUGUCCCUUCUCGAGAUGCUCAUCCGUUUAACCGCCCUCCAACAGUUCCGCCAAUCCUCUCAUCUCACCAUCGAAGACGAACUCUUGAAUUUCUUCCUCGAAGACAGCGCAACCACUGGUGCAGGCUCUAAUGCCGAGUAUCGACAACGGGUACGCAGAGAUGCGCGACGAAGAGUUGGCUUUGAUCCCUACGAUGAAAGUCCCAUCAAACGCCGCGGCGAAGAAUACCUACAGCAUCCUAGAAGUGGAAACACACCAGCGCCAGAAACAGAAAGCGAAUACGAAAGAGGAUUCAGAGAAGCUUCUGAAGGACUAGGCUGGGGAGUUGGGGAAAUAAGACAGAGUAUAGAGUAUCCGGGCUAUUUCUCUGGUCAGAGAAGUAGUUCGAGUAUGCCUUCUAGUCCUUCGCCGCAGAUCAGAGGAGAUAGGGGGAGUCAGAGUCCUGUGGCGCAGAGAUAUCUAGGAACGCCGGAACAGAAGGGGAGGAAAGGUGUUUUGAGGAAGAGGGAAGGUAUGCCUAGGAGUCCACUUGGACGAGAAAGUCCUGGUUCGUGA